CGUAAACUAUAAUUUAGCAGGUGCAAUUUGUGAGCCAGUCUAAUACAACAUAUUUCCCUAAAUAUUUAUUUUUUUCUCUUUUCUUUCUUUCUUUUUAACUUCCUGCAAUGCUUGUCUUUAGAUAGAAAGAACUCAUACUUUGCUCAUUUUGUUAGCUGGUAACCUUCAAUAUCUUACCAAAAACCGAAUUAGAGAUAGACCUCGCUUGAUACCACAAGAUAUCUUAGAUUUGACAUUUAUCUCUUUAAAAUGCCUCCGACACUCAUAUUAAUCCGUCAUGCUCAAGCUUACCAUAAUGCAGAAAAAAACUUUUCAAUACCCGAUCCUGACCUGACCGAAGAGGGACACGGACAAUGCGUAGAUCUACGGGAAAGCCUCAUAGAAAAUCCAUUAGCUCAACAGGCCGAGCUCAUUGUGGUCUCUCCCUUGCGCAGGACGGUGCAGACGGCAUUACGGUCCGUUGACUGGCUCAUCGAGAAAGGUGUAAAGAUAGAAGCCGAUGCUGAUUGGCAAGAAAAUUCAAACCAACCAUGCGACACUGGAAGCCCCGUCGAUAAGCUCAUAGAAGAGUUCCCCGCGGUAGACUUCUCAAAGGUCGAUCCUGUCUUCCCAGACAAGACAACGCCAGCGGGUAGUCGCUAUCAUUUCACGAAACCAGCUCUUUUAGCGCGUGCCCAAGCCGCCUUAAAGAAGCUAUACGAACGUCCGGAGAAGAUAAUCAUCGUCGUCUCUCAUUCGGCAUUCUUGCGGCUUGCCGUCUCCGGUUAUUGGUAUUUUAACGCCGACUAUCGAAUAUUCGACUUUGCGCCUAUGAACAACCCGGGAGACUCGUAUAGACUCGAGCAGCACGAGUCUACCAGAGAGAAAGGCGGCGGGCUCGGACGGAGCUGGAUCGAUCCCAUUGUCCUGGGCUCGGAGCUACCGGAAGAAAAUCCAGAUGCUAAUGAGAGCGGAAGCGGAAGCGGAAACGGUCGGGGAUAUUAAGAAAACGGCCUUUCGGUGAUACCAUACAGCCCGGACAGCCUAGGCUACCAACAUAGCGCUUCGACUUAAUUGGACAGCCACCCCCUGCUUAUACGAGAUCCAUCGGAUAUUCGAAAUGCCAUUGGAUACCAAAAGCAUCAGCCAUACUAAUUGUACUAUGUAGGUACAUAGUAAGUCCAUAGACUCCGAAUACUACGGCCAAGUAUCUCAAAUCGGCGCGCUGAGUCGGAUGCUGAUAAAAGAGCUUCCAUACAAGGGGU